AUGCUAAACAAAGAUAGCAGGUCGCCAGCAAACCGUCUUUGAUGUCUGUACAAGCCAAGAGAAACAGCAGUAGCAAUAGCUAUGAUUCCUUACUUGAAAAUAGCUUGCCACUGGACGCAAGUGUAAUCAUCACAGGGUAUGAAAAGCCCUGGCUUGAUAGAUCUGCUAUUUGUUUAGAAGCAGGAUCGGAUACAGAUCAUGAGAACAUAGAGAACAAUGAAACAGCUGUUCAAGAUCAAGAUAAUGAAACAAUGCGGUCAUCAUUCACGUCUAUAAAGAACGAUUCUGGUAUUGAAAAUAGUAUGAUAAUAGAUAAAAGUAUUAGCAUUACCCAGUACGAGAAACCUUGGGCUGAUAGAUCUGCCAUUGACCUUGAACCAGAUUGUUAUUCUGAACAAUGUGUUGUUAAAACAACUGAAUCAAACACUACUCCUUCAGACGAACAGCAAGCGAAACGUGAUGGUGCAAAAAGAAAAACCCGGGAACACAAACACCAAGACAAUGAAAAUGACUGUAUACAAAAAAGAAGUAAUAGAAAAAGGAAAGAACGAUCAAGAAGUAACACACCCGUUCAUCGUACACGUAGAUAUCGACAAAGAAGCAGUGAAACACAGCAUACGUCCAGAAGCAAGACACACGUGCAUCGCACUAGACGCCAAACGCAUCGAUACCGAUCAAGAAGCAAUGAAACAAAACAUCGGUCUAGAAGCCAGACACACAUGAAACGCACUAGAAGCCGAAUGCAUCGAUACCGUUCAAGAAGCAAUGAAACUCAACAUAGAUCAAGAAGCAAUAAAACUCAACAUAGAUCAAGAAGCAAUGAAACUCAACAUAGAUCAAAAAGCAAUGAAACUCAUUAUAGAUCAAGAAGCAAUAAAACUCAACAUAGAUAAAAAAGCAAUGAAACUCAACAUAGUUCAAGAAGUAAGACACCAACCCGCCGUUCCAAACGCAAAAGCACAGAUUACGUUCUAAAAGCAAAACAUCAAGUCGGAGAUCAAGAAACAUUAAUUGACAUUGGCCAAGGAGCAAUACAUCAACACGUAAGAAAUAUACUGGAAAAAGUGGUUAAACAAACAAAAUAAAGUUAUGGUGGAGUAAGACAUUAUUUAAUUGUUGUUUGUUUAUCUUAUUGCAGCAC